CCUCUACCUCAGUCUUCUUAAAAAUGCUCAAACAAUCAAUUAUUUUUCUCUCUGAAAAUCACACCCUCUCAAAAGAAAGAGAAAAUCAGCAGAUGAUUCCUUUCCCCUCACAGACAUGGACGACAUCCACAGCUUAACAAUCAUAUCUCCCCAACAACAUAAGCACAAGCUCUUCAUGUUCCACCUCCCGGGAUUGGUUCACCAGGUCAAAGCAUUCCAUAUUAUUCUGGUUCUGUCGUGUGCCCUUUUCUGCUUUGCUAUGUGCGGACCGUGCUUGACGAAUGGAAUGCAGAAUUCCAUGGAAGAUGAUUCUUGUGAGUCCUAUGGGGAUGAUGGUAGUGUUGGAUUUCAAGAUUUUAGCAUUGGUGAUACUAGUUUGGGCUAUGCAGCUGGAAGUUCUAUGACCCACUUAAAUUUUGAGAAUAUUUGUACCAAUUCUCAUUUGUUCUGCUUUCUUUCAACAUUGCCUGGUUUUUCGCCUAAAGAACACAAGCUUAAAGUAGCUGCUUUAGAAGUUUCUAGGAGUCAGUCUGAUGGUUCGUUAUCUGUAGAAUCAACUCAGGGUAGCAGGUGGUUAGAGAACAAGAACUGGUCAUUGGAGCAUGGCAUGUUCCAGUUAUCAAAUGGCCUGGCUGUUUCCUGUUCUAUGAACUCUAGGGAAGGUGUUGAUGAGUUAUCAUCCACUCAAACCAGUAGAGCUGACCAAUGUGACCCUUCUUCGUGUAAAGGUCCUUUACCAUCUCAGAAGAGCACAAGUGCCAGGCUGAGGAAAAAGUCUGAGAUGAUGAACUAUAGUGCUUUAGAUGUUUCUCCUCCCCAUGUAGAAAUCAGCCCUCCUGUAGUUGACUGGGGGCAGAGGCAUUUAUAUUAUCCCUCAGUAGCAUUCUUAACAGUGGCAAAUACCUGUAAUGAGAGCAUUUUACAUCUCUUUGAACCAUUUAGUACCAAUACACAGUUCUAUGCCUGCAAUUUUAGUGAGGUUUUGUUAGGACCAGGUGAAGUAGCUUCAAUUUGUUUUGUGUUUUUGCCUAGAUGGUUGGGCUUUUCCUCAGCUCAUUUGAUCUUGCAGACAAGCUCUGGUGGAUUCCUGGUCCAGGUCAAGGGUUAUGCGGUUGAGUCGCCUUACAAUAUUAGUCCUUUAUUCAGCCUUGAUGUUCCUUCUAGUGGACAGUUGAGGAAGACUUUUUCUUUAUUUAAUCCUUUCGAUGAAACCCUCUAUGUGAAGGAAGUAAGUGCAUGGAUAUCAGUUUCUCAAGGGAAUAUUUUGCAUAACACUGAAGCAACCUGCAGUUUGGAAAUUUUGGGAGGUCCUGAUGAGCUCAGCCUGUUGGGAGUCAAGGAUUGGUUGGUUGUUAGGAAUGCUCAAAUGGGUUUUCCAUUGAUGGCUAUGAAGCCCCAAGAAAGUUGGGAGAUCCUUCCUCACAGCAGUGGAACCAUCAUGGAGAUGGACUUCUCAUUUGAAUCUGAAGGAAAUGUUUAUGGUGCUUUUUGUAUGCAGUUGCUGAGGUCCUCUCAGGACAAGACCGAUACUGUAAUGGUUCCUCUCGAGCUUGAAUGGGAUGGAAAAGUAGCUUACAGUGGCUUUGCCGGUUUAGUUUCAGUUUCUCUUGAAACUCUGGUUCCAUAUGAUGUUGGCAGCACCGUUGUUGUUGCUAUCUCAUUGAGAAAUGAAGCUCCUCAUGUGUUGAAUGUUGUCAAUGUUAGGGAAGUUGCAGCAGUGAAGGCUUUCCAGAUCAAGUACAUUGAAGGCUUGCUACUUUUCCCUGGCACUGUCACACAAGUUGCUACAAUUACAUGUACGCAUCUACUUGUUCAAUUACAUGAUUCUACAUCUGAAAUGUCAAAUAUGAACAAAGACUGCAAAUUAGUGGUACUGACAAAUGACUCGAGGAGUCCUCAAAUUGAAAUUCCUUGUCAGGAUAUAGUCCAUAUUUGUUUGAGACAUCAGAAGGAUUCAUUCAUUGGAUAUGACAAUCACUCCGAAGAUGCCAAAUCUGGUGAAAGGACUGAAACUGGCAAUAGAAGGACAGGGUCAUUGUGCAGCGGCAAGCUGUCGCUGUUAGAGAUAAAGGCGAUAGAGACAGCAGAAGCAGAUGAAUUUGUACUGGGCAAUUGGAAAUCUCAAGGUACCAUGAGUGGCAUGUCUGUGCUUGAUGAUCAUGAGGUGUUGUUCCCAAUGGUUCAGGUUGGAACUCAUCACUCUAGGUGGAUCACUGUAAAGAAUCCUAGUGAACAACCAGUUGUAAUGCAGCUCAUUCUUAACUCAGGAGAGAUUAUUGAUGAGUGCAGGGGCACAGAUGGUUCUAUGGAUCCCCCUUCAUCGAGAAUUUUUGUCCAUGAUGAAUUGACUGCUCCUGCCAGGUAUGGGUUCUCAAUGGCAGAGAGUGCACUAACAGAAGCUUAUGUUCAUCCUUAUGGCAAAGCAUCUUUUGGACCAAUAUUCUUUCAUCCUUCAAAUCGUUGUGGGUGGAGAAGUUCAGCCCUGAUAAGAAACAAUCUUUCUGGUGUAGAGUGGUUAUCUUUGAUAGGGUUUGGAGGGUUACUCUCUCUAGUCCUGCUUGAUGGUUCAGAGCCUGUUCAGAGCAUAGAAUUUAACCUUAACUUGCCAAUGCCCCUGAAUAUUUCUCCUCCAGAUGGGCUAUUUAACAUGAAAGAGACUGCUUGUGCUUGUUCUGUGCCCUCAUCUAAAGAGCUGUAUGCCAAGAAUAUGGGAGACUUGCCACUUGAGGUGAAAAGUAUUGAAGUUUCUGGGUCUGAGUGUGGGUUGGAUGGGUUUAUGGUUCACACUUGUAAAGGUUUUUCUCUUGAACCAGGUGAGUCAAUAAAGCUUCUGAUCUCAUACCAGUCUGAUUUUUCUGCAGCUAUGGUGCACGGAGAUCUUGAACUGGCCUUGACUAGUGGAAUUCUUGUGAUACCCAUAAAGGCAAGUCUUCCUUUGUACAUGUUCAAUCUCUGUAAAAAAUCAGUAUUCUGGAUGCAGUUGAAGAAAUUCUCUGCUGCAGUCCUCCUUGCCACUUCCUUAAUGUUUCUGAUAUUCUGUUGCAUAUUUCCUCAAGUGGUUGCUUUUGGCUUUAAGAAUUACUAUCAUAACAGUGAGAAAAGCUCCACUAAUACUGUAAGAAGUGCAGGAAAAGCUUCUCAUAUGCAUCGUAACCAGAGAAAGAGUAAGUUCUCUAUGUCCAGGGGAAUGGACAGUUUGUUAACAUCAGUUGGGGAAGACAAGGCCUCUAAUCAGACAUCUAUUGGUAAAUAUGCUGAUGGUCAUGAUGGACCCCUGGAACAGGGGCUAACUAUUAAUAAUUUGACAUCAACUCUAGAAAAUCACAAACAAGAUAGCAUUUUGUCUUAUACUAAAAAGGAUAAAGCAGUACCAUCUUUGAUGUCAAAAUCCAUAGCGGUUGAGAAUUCUGAUACACUUGAUGCUCCCCAAUCUCCGAACUUUACAGUCAGGAUCGGAAAAGAGAAAGGAAGAAGGCGAAGGAGGAAGAAGGGUGUGAGUGCAUGCUUAACAGGACCGCUUGAAGUAUCGAGUAAUCAAAGUGGAAAUUCUACCCCUUCAUCUCCCCUGUCUCCUGUAUCUGCAACACCCAACCGAAUAUGGUCGCCAUCUUCUGAUGCAGACACUAUUGAGGUGAGAAAUCCAUUCACUCAAGUGGCAGCCCAACAGUUCAGGAAGGUUCUGGUUUCUGAAUCUGCUACCAAGACAGUUGUCCUGGAGCCCAAGUGAUGCUGCCCCCAGUCUGCAUUAUUCUUCUCCCUUGUCAUCAACAUCAACAUCAACAUCAACAAUUGCUCCUAUUGUUCGAGCUCCUGGAGCAAAACUUUUAAACCAAAGAAGUGUUAAAGUAGAUGAAAAGGUGGGGAGUGAAUAUACAUAUGAUAUCUGGGGUGACCAUUUUUCUGAACUCCAUUUGGUGGGUAGCCCAAAGGAUAAUACAACCACGAAAACAAUAGCAACAGAAGACAAUUCCAAUAGCUUCUUUGUAGGGUGUCCACAAACCCUGGUGGUGAAAUCUCAACCAAAAUCUGUGAGUUUCUUUCAACAAGAGGGUUAAUGAAAAUUUUAUUAAAUAAUUAAAAUACACCCGGCUCUCUAUAGCUCUUUUUGAAUUUUUUUUUUAAAGAUUUUUUCCUUUGGUAAAUAAGUUGAGAAAUUGGAAAACUAACAUAAAAGUAUGCUACCUUCAUAUGAUGGUGAGCUAUAUGCUUUUAGUUUUGCAGUUUUCAAAUUUUUUUUGGGGAAAUUAUUCAACUAUUAUUUUCUUAUUUUCAAUCUCAAUGCUUUUAACCCAAGCUCUCAUUGUUUGCCUGUUGGAGGUCCUUUCUUAGAUUGUUUCCACUGGGAAAGAAGUAUUCUCUUAUUGCUUGAUAAGUUGGUAGUAAUGAUACCACUAAAUGAAAAAACUAGCAGCCAAUGCUUUGCACAGUGAGCGGCUUUUGAACGUGACUUCCUAUAUUAAUAUUAAUGAGCCUAUAUACUGAUGAUGUUUUACCAUCAAACUGACAACUGAUGCUAUUAACUGAGAGGAUGGGAGAGGGAUUCUUUAUUAUUAUUAUUAUUAUCAAUAAAUGCUACACUUCUGAAAAUAUGCCUGCUUGAUGGUACUGUGCUUAUGUGCCAGGUAACAAUAAUUCAUGAGAUUAUUGACUGACUGAGCAUGAGCGGAUUGGUAGAUUAUUUUGAUUUAUUUUUGCUGCUAUUAGGAAAACAUUCAUUUUUAUGUUGAAGGGUGCAUUUGUUUGAACUUUCCGCGUGUUUUUUUUUUAUAAAAAAAACACAGACAGUUCAUUUAGACUCCCUUUACAAAUUUGUAAUGAUCUAAUAGCAUGGUUAUGGAAAUGAAGGGAAAAGUAAAUUGAAACUUUCAACCUGGGAUGCAUAUCUGACUUCUAUGUCAGUUAUCUUUAUGUAUCUGCAGCCAAUGUAAGAACGAGGAGUCACAUUUAGAUGUGAUAAAGAAAUGCUAGGAUCGAAUAUGUAAACUUUAUUUCAUUGUAUGCCCACAUGGUUGAGGUAUCAAGUACCACUUAGUGUGUAUUUGGUUUUGGUAUUAUAGUUUUUUCAUAAUCAAGGUUUGAAGAGAGAGUUUGAGGCAAAACUAUUGUAUGUUGAUUAACCAAGCACUUUUAAAUAUGUGGUUGGUGCAAAACUACACCGCAUCAUAUAACAAACUGCUGAACCUUACUCGAGGCUCUAACUUAUCAAGGAAUUUUACAACUAGUUCUCUAAUGAUUUGCGAAGAUGGCCUUUGAGUUUCCUUGUGAUGAUAAAUGACUUGUGAUGCUAAUGGUGCAUGCAUCGUAUUUCAAGUACAACUAUAUAUUUCUUACUUGCGGUUACAAGGCAUGCACACUUUCUUGAGUGUAUUAUUACAAGGGAUUAUUGAGAUCAUUGAGAAAUGUGCAAGCAAUUCAAGAACAGCAGCACCAGGUAGGGUGAGUGAAUGAGAAUUGAGGGGACGGGAAAGAAUUCAGUUGUAAGUAAAUGUAUGGCUGUGAGAAGUUGCAACCCAUAUACACCUAGGGUUUUAGACUCGUAUUGCUGUAAUGAUUGAGUCUAUUCAUAGACAAAUUUUGUUUGUUUUUGUGCAUGUAUUUAUGUAUGAAUGCCGUGUUCUCAUUUCUGAUAAUGAUGUGCAUACUGGUGGAUGAAAUUUUGUUAUAGUGGGGUGUUUUUAGCCUCUUGUAGAUGCUUGACCCAAGGAUACUCAAUCUGCAGAAAAUAAGAUCACGCAACUCCAAUUUGAUGAAAAUGCAGAUAUGAAUUCGUCUCAUUAAACUUGCAUCAAGGAUAGAAGUUAAAUCUGACCGUGCUGUGUUUGGAUGGGUUAAUGUUCUUGUUCAUGACACGAAGUAUUCUUCUGUUGCUGCAUCUAAUUGUCGCAGUGAUGCUGCCUUGGGAUGACAUGCUGUAUGAAAGCGACGACACUGGAGGCAGUUCCCCUUCAAAUCCAUCUGCAAAAUCAUGGAAGGGUAGGUUGUAGAUGUAUACUAUUUGUCAAGACUUGGAACAGCGAGCAUACAGUUCUUGUGACAAGGUAGCUGGAAAGAGGAUGUUGCAGUGAUUGUUUCCCGAGCUAGAGGGAUGCAAGUGAUGUUUGAGGAUUUCUCAGAUUUAAGGGCACUGAUUGUGAUAAGUUUGCUUCUCCCUUUGAAUUUCAAGUAGCAGAAAAACCAGCUGCUUCAUAUGCAAGAAACAAGUGGCAUAUUUUGCAAGGGUGAGUUUCCUGCUGAUUUCUUACAGUAUUCUACAAUACUGUCAAUGCACGCGCAUGCAUAGGCGUGCACACUCGCAAACCUGUAAUUUGCAUGGUAGACCCUUUUGCUGUUAAGAUUGUUAGAAAGCUGUAACUUUCACAAUACAAGGGGCAAGCUGCAAGACAACUGCAUGCCAUUAUUGGAAGGUGGAGUCGUUAGGACGUAAACAGACAAGACGGGUUUUGGUCCAUGAAAUGGUGAUGUUGACGAGAGAGGAGAGCCCUGAGCAAAUGUUCCCAAGAAAUUGAGCAAAGAUAACAAUUAGAUUGCAACCAAUGAGUGUUUGGGGCUUCUUGGGACCAAUGUUUUCUCUAGAAAUAGCUGGAAUAAGAAAGAAAAGAAAAUGGAAACAGGACAGUGACCUUGCUAGCCUAACAACAGAAUCCAAUCUACUAGUCAUCAUCAGCUGGUUAUGGUUUGCAUUCAUUUUAUAUUAUGGGUCUUAGACUAUACCAUUCAAUCUUCAAUUCUUCCUUUUGUUUUUAAUUUACAAGAUAAAUAGCUGGGAUUUAUAUGCAUGUUAUUGAUUAUGGUGGAGUAGUUUAACAGGAGCGAGGGGGAUCCAUUAGAACUGGUCCAGUUUCUUCUGUCUCUAUUGGACCACAUCUACAGCAAGUAAAGACACCGACUUAUCAUCA